ACCAACAUACCCCGAGAUGACAUUUCCAAAUCCAGAGCAAGUUCAGGCUCAGCAUCCAACCUUGACUGAGGUCACAAUUCAACCUUUGGACCUUGAACUGACCAUAAGGCCAGAACCCACUAAGGAGGAUGAACCUUUUCCAACCAUGCAGGAGAUAUUAACCCAGCUUCCAGAACCACCUAAGGAGGUUUUUGUAGCUCAGCCUCCAGUAUAUCAGAACCAAGUAGUUCCAACACCAGAUCAGGAUCACACUGAGCCUCCAACAUCUCCCAGUGUCACAGUUCAACCUUUAGACCAGGGGCUUACCACAACUCAAGAACCUAUUAUGGAGGCUGAACAUUCCACACCCUUGCAGGAGGCUAUAGUUCCUCCAACAUACCCCGAGCUGACACUUCCAAGUCCAGAGAAAGUUCAGGCUCAGCAUCCAACCUUGACUGAGGUCACAGUUCCACCUUUGGACCUGGAACUUACAUUAACUCUGGAAUCCAGUAUGGAGGUUGAACCUUCUCCAACCAUGCAGCAGACCCAAGCUCAGCCUCCAGAGCUCAUUAAGGAAGUUGUAGCUCAGUCUCCAUUGUAUCCCGAGGUGACAGUUCCAGCAGCAGAUCAGGAUCAUCCUGAGCGUCCAACAUGCAGUAUCACCGUUAAAACUUUGGACCAGGAGCUUACCACAACUCCAGAACCUACUACAGAGUCUGAACAUUCUAUAGCCUGGCAGCAGACUACAGCUUCCCCUCCAAAACACCCUGAGAUAACACUUACACAGCCAAACCUGACUCAAGUCACAAUUCAACCUAUGGAUGUGGAACUUACCGUUACUGCAGGAUCCAAUAUGGAGACUGUACCUUCUCCACUCAUGCAGGAGACCCCAACUCAGCCUCCAGAAGCACCUCAGGACGUUGUAGUUCAAUCUCCAUUCCAGCAGGAGGUGACAGUUCCAACUCCAAGGAAGGAUCAAGGUCAGUAUUCACCAUCAUCCAGUGUCAUAGUUCAUCAUGUGGACCUAGAGCAAACCACAACUCCAGAACCCACUAUGGAGGCUGGACAUUCUACCUCCCUACCGCAGACUACAGCUCCCUCUCCAAAACACCCUGAGGUGACACUUGCACAACCAAACCUGAUUGAAGUCACAGUUCCACCUGUGGACCUGGCAGUUAACAUAUCUCAGCAACCAUGGCCAUCUGAGACAGUUGUUUUUCCUUCUACUCAGUAUUCAGUAUCCACAAGUCUUCCUGGUGUAAAAUAUAUACCAGAGGAGAAGCAGCCAGAAUAGAAUGCCACCACAAACAUCAGCAUAUGUGAGCUUUGUACCUGCGAAAAUGAGACACUGUUGUGUGUCGGUCUCAGGCCAAAGCAGAAGCUCCACGGAGUGCAUGAGCCAGAGCCUAACGCCUACAACGGCACCUUCACCAUCAUAUUCUACGUAUAAG